GGGACAGCACAGGAAUUCACAAGGUGCUGUUUGUGUUGCGUGGCGCACACCUGGCCUGGUUUCCCAGUGAACAAAGUGUGUGAGUUUUUAUAAUGAAUGCUCCCAGGGCUCAUCUGAGAGGCAGGCAGGAGCUUAGGUCAACGACCUCUUCUUUAUAUUGUAAUCACCGCACUCAGAUAAUUGGUUCUAUUAAGGUCUCUUGAUAUGGUAAUGUCUGACAUGCUCAUCUGCAUGAUUGCCCCCUUUAGACAUGAGAGAGUGUGAGUGUGUGUGGCAGAAAGAGUGAAGUGGGAGAUGAGGAGUGCGAAAUGGAACACCGGCUAGUUGCUGAGCGUCUGUCUCUUGCACUCACAGGUUUUCUAAAUGAUUUUUUAAGGGUCUAAUGAACCUUGUGGACCUGUCCCUUGUGAGAAGUGAGCUAUCAAUUUGAAACACACUUGACUCAACUUGCCGGCAGCCACUUUGAUUCUGAAUCGCUCAGCGUUUGACGAAGGAAAAUAUCCAUCAUAUUUAAUUUAAACUAAAUAACUAUGUUCUAGAAAUCUCUCCAUUGAUAUAGAAUGAAAUAUUAAAGUGCUUAAUAACCAAGCUCCACCACAUUGCCCCCCGCCACUUCUGGACACGCUGCAUUAUUAAAUAUUACAGCUAUUGAAUGCAGAGUGCAGAGAGCCACCAGCAUUGUCCAGUUCGUCCACAGCAUCAGAACGCCUCACUUUCUCAAACCUAAAGAGCAAUACACACCAAAGAAGACACAGAUUUUUAAAACAAAACAUCUAUUUUCUGGGUAUCUUUGCUUUUCAUAGGGAAUAUGUUGUUUUGAUUAUAUAAGAGAGAAACCACUGGAUUCUUUCCAUGAGUGGAAACUCUGCAGAUGGCACCAGAACAGGAAGUAACCCACCAGGUGUUGCCUCAUCGCCCGCCCGGUCUGAGCCAACACAAGCUCCAGCACAUGACAAAUGAUCAAACCCGACUCGCGUUACCUCCUUAGGCUAUCAUCACUCAUCCAUGCUGCUCUAAACGUGGAGGAAUGUUCACCAUGGAAAAUGACGAAGAGGCCUUAAACUCCAUUAUGAAGGACCUGGCGGCUCUGGGUCGCUGCUACACCCAGCACAACAGCCACAAGCCCAAGAACAGAACCUUACUCUACAAACAGGAUUUAAGAGUCAAGCUGGAGCAUGAGAGAGAAAAACGGAUCAUCCCGUUUCAGAGGCCGCUGAAGAUCAAGGAGCUGCUGCAGAAAGUGACCGAGGCCUUUGGGCAGCAGAUGGACAUGUUCUUCAUGGAAAAAGAGCUGCUGCUGCCACUGAAGACCCAGGAGGACCUGGAUCAGGCGGUGCUGACGUUGGGCUGCAGCUCGGGGACCAACGGGCUGCUCAGGAUACUGCUGAAGACCCCUAAGAACAACCAUUACCUACAGGUGAACAGCAGGGACAAACAGAGCGAGAUGAGGUCAUCACGGUCACUCGGAGAUCUGAAGGGCUCUCUGCUCAAGGGCUCGGAGAGGGUGCGCAAACACUCGACAGGUUCCCUGCACACGGGUCGGACGUCCCCACCUCCCGGCAGCGUCCCCGAGGAGCAGCAGCAGAUUGCCCGCCAGGGCUCCUACACCAGCAUCCACAGUGAAGGGGAGUUCAUCCCCGAGACCCACGACCAGAAUAUGCUGGAUCCCUUCGGGAGCGCAGACAACUCACUGUCGAGCAGCUGUCAAUCAAUAGAUCAAGCGCUGGACAGUCCUCCUUUCUCGCAGAACAACCGUGACAAUAAUUACCUGAACCUCAACUAUGAAUACAAAGGUCGCCAUGGGAAAGGAGGGACUUUCCCUCGCCAGUUCCAGUUGCCCAAUCGCAGCAAGGAUUAUGGAGACCGUCGCAGGACACUUCCACGCAGCUUCAUGCCACAGGAGAACCUGUUUCAGCUGGUUCCUUCCAGUCGCACACGCAGUUAUAAUGGAGACAGUUCGAUGCAGUACAGCGACCUGCGCUCACUGGGCCGCACCGCUGACAAAAGCUGCCAGCGUGGUACGGCCAAGUCGCCGCGGGCGCCAGUCAACUGGCGGCAAGGAAAGCUCCUGGGCCGCGGGGCGUUCGGGGAAGUCUACCUCUGCUAUGAUGUCGACACAGGCCGCGAGCUGGCCGCCAAGCAGGUGCCCUUCGAUACCGACUGUCAAGAAACCAGCAAGGAGGUGAAUGCUUUGGAGUGUGAGAUUCAGCUGCUGAAGAAUCUGCGUCAUGAGCGGAUUGUACAGUACUACGGUUGUCUUCGGGACCUCGAACAGAAGAAACUCACCAUUUUCGUGGAGUUUAUGCCCGGGGGCUCAAUAAAGGACCAGCUAAAAGCCUAUGGGGCCCUGACAGAGAAGGUGACAAGGAGAUACACCAGGCAGAUCCUCCAAGGAGUCUCCUACCUGCACAGCAACAUGAUUGUACACCGAGACAUCAAAGGUGCUAACAUCCUGAGAGACUCUUCAGGGAACGUGAAGCUGGGAGACUUUGGAGCCAGCAAACGCAUCCAGACCAUCUGCAUGUCUGGUACGGGGAUCAAGUCUGUCACUGGCACCCCCUACUGGAUGAGCCCGGAAGUCAUCAACGGGGAGGGCUAUGGCCGCAAGGCAGAUGUAUGGAGUAUCGCCUGCACUGUUGUGGAAAUGUUGACCCAGAAGCCUCCAUGGGCCGAGUACGAGGCCAUGGCGGCCAUUUUUAAGAUCGCCACCCAGCCUACGAAGCCCAUUCUUCCAGAGAGCGUGUCAGACGCGGCCAGGGACUUCCUGCGGCAGGUGUUCGUGGAGGAGAAGUGGCGGCCCACUGCGGACGGGCUGCUCAGCCACCCGUUCGUCCAGGGCAGCUUCUGAGGCCCACGGACCCCCUUUCCCCUCUCCUGCCUGCGAGGCCUCUCGGCACCUCCCCUCCCCUCCUCGCCUGCCCGCCCCAUGCUCUAGCCCCCUUCCCCCCCCCCUCUGUCACCAGGGCUCAGCAUCGCUCCAACUCCCUGCCCUGCCAUCCAUCGCCAGUGUCUGCCUUGUCAGGACCCCUGCAUCUCUCACCAACUAGCUCAACCCAGAUUACUCACCGAGAGGCCCGGUUGACUGCAGUCAGACCCCCUGAGUCCUCCGAGGCGUCGCAGUGUUUUUCCCCAGGAGGGGACAGAGGAGAAAGCACUUAGCAGUCUCACACGCUACAGACUGCUGUCCUUUAACAAGAGCAGAAAGAGUGACGGAGAGCAGUGACUUCUCAAGCUUUCUGGGUCUUUGCGCUCAUUUACUGCCGCAGAACAGUGUCUAGGUUUGGCCGGACGCUACGUGAUCGUGACUGACCGGUGACAUUGAUCACAUCUGACAGCACUGUAAGUUAGUCAUCAGCCUCAGUUAGCUGUGUGUGAAAUUUAAGAUGGUAAAUAUUUUUUAUAUGGCAUGCAAUAACACAUAUGAAGUCGUCUCAGCCGAUGACUUUUUUUAUUAUCACCGUAAAAAUGUAAACAUAUUGUUGUCAACGCCUUACAAUGAGAAUUUGUAAGUAAGAAUGUCUUCUUUUUUUUUUUUAACAUCUUAGAGGGUUAAAUUAUCCUACUUUCAUGGCACUCAGAACCCCAUUUAGAAGGAUUGCAAGUGUUGCACUUUUGCUAUCAUGCAUUGAAAUGUUUCCAACAUGCAGGAUAAUCAAGAGAUAUUUUUCUAUUUGAAACGUUUUUUAUCUAAUUUUCGUAAAGGAGAUUGUGUAGUGUAAAAAAAUGAAAAGAAAAAAAGAACCAAACUUUUGCAUCAGUGUGCAAUGUCUAUUAAGCAAUACCAACACUACUGUUUGAGUCUGACAUCCAUCCCAGCUUCCCAUGGAGUGAGCCUGGAGUCCAUUGAAAAAAGUGGCCAAAGAAAAUUUGCAGAAACUUCUGGCUAAGUUAGUGCAGUAUUAGUCAUGUUGGUUUCGCCACCUCAGAGCCCUAUAGCCUUUUCUAUGUUACGGCAGCUUCGUGCACAGUAGACUCGCACAGACCAAAUCAGAUGCAUCGACGUCACAUUGUGUUAGUAUGAAAAGGAAUUAGAUUGAAGGUCGUUUACAUGUUUUGUUGUAACUUCAGAAUGAAUCCAGUCACCCCAUGCCUUCACUUUGCUUUCCAAUACUCUAUGAAUGGGUCACGUACUGACCAUCGGACAGCAAAGCUCUCUCUGUGGGAUGUCAAGUGAGAUAAUAUUCCAAGUCGCCAAAAAGGGUUCAAGGUGGACUUCUGGAGCUAAAUGCUGUAUUCGUUAAAAUGGCGAUGAGAUGAAACAUUAAGUGAGGAUUUUAAAGUUGGCUAGCUGUAAUGCAGUGGCACUUAAAGAAUGAUCAAAUCUUUGUUUGACCCUUGUCAGUGCCUUACCUGAAUCUGCUUGUAAACACAAAUGUUCACUGCGAAAGCAGGACGCUUCUUAAAAAGUCGAGCAGCUUGUUCAGUAGAGAGCACACACAGGAUUUGCUGAAGUUCUUUUAUAUGAAAAAAAAGAAGAAUAUACUGUAAAUAUAUAUUGUUCUGCACUUUUGUAUGAAAUUUCUUUACAUUAUAUACAAAUCUAUUUGAUGAAAUAGCUACGUUAUACAGUAGAUUGUACUGUGAUUUAGACAGGAGUAUGUAUAAUUGUCUCUUUGAGAGCAGGUAGGCAGUAUGAAAAGGCUGGGAGGCUUUCGAUUGAGACAGAGUUUGUUUUGUCUUAAUGACAAAGCCUUGAAACAUGAAAUGUAUCAAGUCAUUGAUCUUUUGUACAUUUAACUUAAUAAAUCCAAGGUCUAAGACUA